UCGUCGUCGAUUAAUCCAAAUCGCUUUGUUUUUCUACUCAUAAUCCGACGUUAUAAUCGCCGCCACCGCUGCACCGGCGAUUCUCCGCCGCUGUCUCCGCCGUACGGCCAUUAGGAAUUUCACUCGCGAGCAGCUUAGCCUCCACCGGGAACCCGAAUAUUCGCGACUUGUUUUCGUCGACAUUCGCCGCCGGCGAUUCGGUUUCUGGAGAUUCUUCGUCGGAGAAGGUGCGCACGACUGUUAACCUGCGCACCUCCGUUCUUCGCGGUUCCUCUGUUUCAUCAAAUUGGCCGAACUCUGUCUCGCUUCCUUGAGGUAGAAAGACUUUGUGGAGACAGAAGAUAACCAAAUGAGCAAGUGACAUAUAACCGGGUUUUUAGUUAUGUUUAAUUGCUCUUACAUUGAGGAGAUUGAAUGAAGUAAAAGAAAUUCUAAGGUUCAUGACAGGAUGGCUUUCUUUAAGAACUUUUCACAUAAUGCAGUUUCACAUAGUAUCUUGGAAGAUAAAAGCCAAGGACAGAAUUCUGAAAGAAUCCGUAGAUCAGGUGGUAAUGAAUGUGCUGAUGCAACUUCUAGUGAUAAAGAAUUUGAUAUGAACACGGAGCAACAGUAUGGGAGUGAUGGUGAACCAGAUGGUGCCAGUGGGCUGCAAAACGAGGCAACUGCUGAUGAUCGAGUUGGUACAAGAGAAUCAAACCUUGAGACUACUGGCAGGAAAACAGCUACAGUUGGAAGGUGGGGUUCUACAUUUUGGAAGGACUGCCAACCUAUGUGCCCUCAGAAUGGUUCUGAAUCAGGGCGUGAAUCAAAAAGUGGAUCAGACUAUAGAAAUGCAGGUAUGUCUGAAGAUAAUUGGUCGGAAGGAAGAGGGGAAAGAUUAGAUUCAGAAGAUGAUGAUGGACAAAAGGAAUCAGGAAAAGGUUCAAGAGGUCAUUCUGAUGUUCCUGCUGAAGAGAUGUUGUCUGAUGAAUAUUAUGAGCAGGAUGGGGAAGAGCAGAGUGACUCUUUGCAUUACAGGGGUUUUCAUCAACCCACUGGAUCAAAUUCUUGGCCUCAACGGAUGUCUGCUAUUGUCAAUAGACGUGUGCAUAGAAAAUCUAGGAUUUCAGAUGAUGCUGAAGGUGAUGAUGGUGAUGCUGAUUAUGAAGAAGAGGAUGAAGCAGAUGAAGAUGAUCCUGAUGACACAGACUUUGAGCCUGCAACAAGUGGCCGUGCUGCAAAUAAGGAUAAAGAUUGGGAAGGUGAAGACUCAGAAGAAGCUGAUGAUAGUGAUGAGGAUGUUGAUGUCUCAGAUAAUGAAGAUUCUUACUUUGAUAAGAAGGCUAAGGGAAGGCAACGAGUUAAAGUUGGACGAAGUGUAAAAUUUUCUGGAGAUCGCAAAUCAUAUACUGCGUCCAGUCGACAAAGAAGAGUUAAAUCAUCUUUUGAAUAUGAAGAUGAUGAAUCUGCAACUGAGGAUUCUGAUAGUGAGAGUGGUGAAGAUUUCAGAAGCAUGAAAAAGAAAGGUGUGCAUGUACGUAAGAAUAAUGGUCGUUCUGCUGCUCCCACAAGUUUUUCUAUGCGCAACAGUGAGGUUCGCACUUCUAGUAGGACAGUUAGGAAAGUAUCAUAUGUUGAAAGUGAAGAAAGUGAAGAAGCUGAUGAAGGGAAGAAGAAAAAGUCCCAAAAGGAAGAAAUUGAAGAGGAUGAUGGGGACUCCAUUGAGAAAGUGCUCUGGCAUCAGCCUAAGGGCAUGGCUGCAGAGGCUCAAAGGAAUAAUAGAUCAACAGAGCCUAUGUUAAUGAGUCACUUAUUUGAUUCUGAACCUGAUUGGAAUGAUAUGGAAUUCUUGAUAAAAUGGAAAGGCCAAUCACAUUUGCACUGUCAGUGGAAGUCUUUAGUUGAGUUGCAAAACCUCAGCGGUUUUAAGAAAGUUUUGAAUUAUACAAAGAAAGUGACAGAGGACAUCAGGUAUAGGAUGGCAAUCUCAAGAGAGGAGAUUGAGGUCAAUGAUGUGAGUAAGGAGAUGGAUUUAGAUAUUAUCAAGCAAAACAGUCAGGUUGAAAGAAUAAUUGCAGAUAGGAUUAGCAAAGAUAAUUCCGGCAAUGUUAUUCCAGAAUACUUGGUCAAAUGGCAAGGACUAUCUUAUGCUGAAGUGACAUGGGAGAAGGAUAUCAAUAUUGCUUUCGCUCAACAUGCUAUUGAUGAGUAUAAGGCUCGUGAGGCUGCCAUGUCAAUUCAAGGAAAGAUGGUAGAUCUUCAGCGUAAGAAGAGCAAAGAAAGUUUGCGGAAACUUGAAGAGCAACCUGAAUGGCUGAAGGGUGGAAAGCUCCGGGAUUAUCAACUUGAGGGUCUGAAUUUUCUUGUUAACAGUUGGAGAAAUGAUACAAAUGUAAUCUUAGCUGAUGAAAUGGGUCUUGGUAAAACAGUUCAGUCGGUAUCAAUGCUUGGUUUUUUACAGAAUGCCCAGCAAAUCAAUGGUCCUUUUCUUGUAGUUGUCCCAUUGUCUACCUUAUCGAACUGGGCCAAAGAAUUCAGGAAGUGGCUUCCUGAUAUGAAUGUUAUUGUCUAUGUUGGUACUCGUGCAAGUAGAGAGGUAUGUCAACAAUACGAAUUUUAUGAUGAUAAAAAGGCUGGCAGGCCUAUAAAAUUCAAUGCACUGCUGACUACAUAUGAAGUAGUUCUCAAGGAUAAGGCUGUUCUCUCCAAGAUCAAGUGGAACUAUCUGAUGGUAGAUGAGGCUCAUCGACUAAAAAAUAGUGAGGCACAGUUGUACACAGCACUUUCAGAAUUUAGCACCAAGAACAAGUUGCUUAUCACGGGUACUCCACUCCAGAACAGUGUUGAGGAGCUAUGGGCUUUGCUCCACUUCCUUGAUCCUGAUAAGUUCAAGAGCAAGGAUGACUUUGUUCAAAACUAUAAGAAUCUGAGUUCUUUCAACGAGAAUGAGCUUGCUAAUCUUCAUAUGGAAUUGAGGCCUCACAUACUUAGAAGAGUUAUCAAAGAUGUGGAGAAAUCAUUACCCCCGAAAAUUGAGCGUAUUCUUAGGGUUGAAAUGUCUCCUCUUCAGAAGCAGUAUUAUAAGUGGAUUCUGGAACGCAACUUUCAUGAUUUGAACAAAGGAGUUCGAGGGAAUCAGGUUUCCCUUCUAAAUAUUGUGGUAGAAUUGAAGAAGUGCUGUAACCAUCCCUUCCUGUUUGAAAGUGCCGAUCAUGGUUUUGGUGGGGACUCUGGAAAUAGUGACAGCAGUAAACUGGAAAGAAUUGUCUUUAGCAGUGGCAAGCUUCUCAUACUUGAUAAGCUACUUGUCAGAUUGCAUGAAACAAAGCAUCGUGUUCUGAUUUUCUCUCAGAUGGUUAGGAUGUUAGAUAUACUGGCAGAGUAUAUGUCACUUCGAGGAUUUCAAUUUCAAAGGCUUGAUGGCAGUACAAAAGCUGAGUUGCGACAGCAGGCAAUGGAUCAUUUCAAUGCACCAGGUAGUGAUGAUUUUUGCUUCCUUCUGUCAACAAGAGCAGGAGGUUUGGGUAUCAACCUUGCCACAGCAGACACUGUUAUAAUAUUUGAUUCGGAUUGGAAUCCUCAAAAUGACCUACAGGCAAUGAGUAGAGCUCAUCGAAUUGGGCAACAAGAAGUUGUUAACAUAUAUAGAUUUGUGACUAGCAAAAGUGUUGAGGAAGAUAUUUUGGAACGGGCUAAGAAGAAGAUGGUUCUCGACCACUUGGUGAUUCAAAAGUUAAAUGCAGAGGGUAGAUUGGAGAAGAAAGAAGCCAAAAAAGGAAGUUAUUUUGACAAAAAUGAGCUGUCAGCAAUCUUGAGAUUUGGAGCCGAGGAGCUUUUUAAGGAAGAAAGAAAUGACGAAGAAAGCAAGAAAAGACUCUUAGGCAUGGACAUAGAUGAAAUUCUUGAAAGAGCGGAGAAGGUUGAAGAGAAGGAAAAUGAGGGAGAACAAGGGCAUGAGUUAUUAAGUGCCUUUAAGGUUGCUAAUUUCUGUAAUGAUGAAGAUGAUGGAAGUUUCUGGAGUCGUUGGAUCAAGCCUGACGCUGUUGCUCAAGCAGAGGAAGCUCUUGCUCCACGUGCUGCAAAGAAUAUUAAAAGCUAUGCAGAGGAUAAUCAAUCUGAAAGAAGUAGUAAAAGAAAAAAGAAGGAAAGUGAACCACCUGAGCGAGUUCAGAAACGCCGGAAAGCAGAUUAUUCAGCUCCUGUAACACCAAUGAUUGAUGGAGCAUCUGCCCAAGUGAGAAGUUGGUCAUACGGGAAUUUGUCUAAAAGAGAUGCACUCCGUUUUUCUCGUUCAGUAAUGAAAUUUGGGAAUGAGAGCCAAAUCAACUUAAUUGCUGCUGAGGUUGGUGGUGCAGUAGGAGCGGCUCCACCUGAUGCACAAAUUGAACUCUUCAAUGCUCUAAUUGAUGGCUGUACAGAAGCAGUGGAUCUUGGAAGUUUGGAUCCCAAGGGGCCUUUGUUGGAUUUCUUUGGUGUCCCAGUUAAGGCAAAUGACUUGCUUACCCGUGUUCAAGAACUUCAACUCCUAGCAAAGCGCAUUAGUCGGUAUGAAGAUCCCAUUGCACAAUUCCGUGUCUUAACAUAUCUCAAACCUUCAAACUGGUCAAAAGGUUGUGGGUGGAAUCAAAUUGAUGACUCAAGAUUGCUUCUUGGAGUAUAUUAUCAUGGAUUUGGUAAUUGGGAAAAGAUAAGAUUGGAUGAAAGGCUUGGCCUUACGAAGAAAAUUGCACCAGCAGAACUUCAACACCAUGAAACUUUUUUGCCACGAGCUCCAAAUUUGAGAGACCGUGCUAAUGUCCUGUUGGAGCAAGAACUUGCUGCUCAUGGUGUGAAAAAUGCCUAUAGCAAAGUUGGAAGGAAGCCUUCCAAGAAAGAGAGAGAACAUCUUGUGAACGUCUCAUUGUCACGUGGGCAGGAGAAAAAGAUAAAAUUGGGUUCUUCUAAAGUUAAUGUCCAAAUGAGAAAGGACAGGCUUCAGAAACCUCUAAAAGUUGAACCUAUUCCAAAAGAGGAGGGUGAAAUGUCUGACGAUGAGGAAGUUUAUGAGCAGUUCAAGGAAGUAAAAUGGAUGGAAUGGUGUCAAGAUGUGAUGGUUGAAGAAAUGAAAACCUUGAAACGUCUUCACAGGUUGCAGACAACCAGCGCCAAUCUUCCGAAGGAAAAGGUGCUUUCAAAAAUCCGCAACUACUUGCAGCUUCUUGGGCGAAGGAUAGAUCAAAUUGUGUUAGAACAUGAAGAGGAACCCUAUAAGCAGAAUAGAAUGACUAUGCGAUUGUGGAAGUAUGUUUCCACCUUUUCCCAUCUUUCAGGGGAGAGGCUUCAUCAAAUUUAUUCAAAACUUAAACUGGAGCAAAAUGCAGCAGGGGUUGGCCCCCCUCUUGCCAAUGGGUCAGUAUCUGGUCCAUUUAGCAGGAAUGGAAAUCCUAACCAUUCUUAUCCAUUCCCUCGACAUAUGGAGAGGCAAAGAGGAUACAAGAAUUUGACUACCCACCAAAUGCCGGAAUCAAGUAAUAAUACAGGCAUGUCUGAGGCAUGGAAACGAAGAAGAAGAGCUGAAAAUGAUGAUUAUUUCCAGGGUCAGCCACCACCUCAAAGAACCAUGGGUAAUGGAAUUCAGAGUAUGGAUCCUAACUCGCUGGGGAUCCUUGGGGCUGGACCAUCUGAUAGACGUUUUGUUAGUGAGAAACCUUUCAAGACUCGAGCUGGUGGGUUUCCUUCAAGACAAGGAUUCUCUUCAGGAAUUGAGUAGUCAGUUAUGUGGGUUCAGAAUGGCUGAUUCCUGGAGUGUUGGCUGUUGGCUUUCACUCUGCAAUUACUCAGCUUCAGCUAUUGUAUAUUCUCUGGAAUUUUUUUUCCACCCAUGGGAAUAAGAUAUUGCUGUUCCCAUUUUGGUCUAUUGUGGCGAUCUGAGAAAUAUCCCUAGAAAUGGUAUUUGCAUCCUUGAACAAGGUGGCUGAAGCCGAUGAUGAUCCGGAAUGUGCAAGAUGAAUGUAGUCUUGCCCAUUUGUUCCUUUUUCCUUUUUGAUUUUUACCCUAACUUGAAGAUGAGCCAAGCAAAGCGUUACAUAUAUAGUGAAAAUCUUGCAAAGAAACACAUUUUACUUGCUAUAGAGAUACUUAGGAAACUGUACAUUAUCAGUUUUGUCAUUUCAUUGGACUUAAUUUUCGCCCCAUGCAAAUUAUGUUAGCUGAUGCACACAGGAAUGUAUUUGUUUUGUAAAUUUGGCUAUAAUCCCUCAAAAUUUUGCGUAGCUUGUUCAAGCAAAUUCUAUUAG